GUUCUCACUUUCGAAUGAGCUUGGUAGCGCCUCUUUUGAAAAUUCAGCCCCCAGAGCCAGUUUGACUUGGCAACGGGGCAUUUGGUAGGCAUGCCCAUCACGUGCAGUCGGAGAAAACAAAAUCUCAAGAUGCCUUGCCUGAAUACACGCACACACACGCGCACACACACAGAGUCUGCCAUGUUGCUUUGAAGCCGCCGUUUUGGCUCAGUUCCGGAAGGGUUCAGUGCCGGAAGCCAUUUUAAUUUCGCGAGUCCCGUCUAAAAACGACACCGGACGUUAGAGUUUGCCGUUAUAGUUGGAAGUUGUCAUUUCAGGCUCACGUUGGACCUUUCCGGCUUUUGCUUGAAUCGAUGACUUCGUUCAUCUUUGUCGCCGUUGUCGAGCCGCGAUUCUUCACGUCCGGACUUUUAGGCAACGCUCCGAGGAGGCGCCCGUCCUCGUUGCCAUGACGACAAAAGGCGGCUUCCCUCGUACCGGACGGCCGCUUUGAGACGUCGCGUGGCACUUGACGCCAUGUUUGGUGUUUGCUGCACAAGUAGAAGACGAGCGCCGAAGUGGAAGUGAUGAUAAAGUUUACAGGAAGUUCAUAUGACUUAUUUGUGCCAGUUAUGUGUUCCCGCCCGCUUCCUUCGACAUCGUCGGCUUAUCUGCUCUGCCAUUAGUCAUAAACGCACACACGCACACAUUGGGCAGGUCGAGGCCGAGGUUUGGGCGACCAUCUGAUUGGCUCUCGUCUUCUCUUCCUGGUUUCCUGUUUGUGCGUUGUGACAUCGGAAGGUGGCGACCUCUUGGCCUCCUCGUGCUACGGCGGCUCAGUGUUGGAGUUGAGCAAAAGUGGGCACAAGUCAAGUCCUUGAGACUUCUUCAAGCGUUCACUUGAGUCCUCCUUUCCGGGGGACGACUGGGCGGGACGACUUGCCUGAAAGGGUCAAUUGAAACCAAAAUGGCCAACUUGUUGUUCAGCUUCGGGCACGGGUUCUGUUAGAACGGGGAUGUGCGUCCAAUUCGAUGUCGAUGGGGAAACCGUUGCGUGAAUGUCCAAAUGGACUUAAAACAGCUCCUCCAAACUAAAAUGUCUGUUGGGCCCGGUGUCCUUGAGACUUUUGGGUGCGUCCUGUUCUGAUAGGCACGUCCACCCGAUUCGGUGUCCAUCGGCGAAACGGGGGUCGGGGACUCGUUUUCCGAAUUCGCUCAGAUGGCCGCCAGGAUUCACACAACUUGGUGAUUUUGGGUGCCUGCCGCGAGCUCGAACAAGGCGAACGAACGCGGCGGCCCGCUCCCCUCCCGUACGUCGGCCGCCCCUGGCCGUUUGCCACCGGCGGGCACCCGGAGCGCCUCAGUGGCGCCCCCUUCCUCCGCCCCGCCGCCUCUCGAUGUCCUUCACGCUAUCGCCGUCCUUUCCGCUUCAUUGUUUGUGUCGGCACGCUUCCGCGAUGCCCUGCGACCCUCUUGAAGAAAACAGCGCGCUGCCUCGCCGUGCGUUUCCUGGCCUGCCGCUGAGGCUGCUGGGUAUUUAUGAAAGCCGCGCCACAAAAUCGCUUUCCCCUCCACAUUGGCACGUCUGUGUGUGUGUGUGUGUGCAUGCGCCUCUUAUUUACAUGUACGUGUGUGUGCAUGUGUGUGUCUAUUUCUGGCAGCAGCAGUGUGUCCUGUGAUGGUGAGACUGGAAACUGACUACACGACAACAACAUCCGCACACCCACACACACACAAACGCACACAUGCAUGCACUGACACACACACACACGCACAUAUUACAAGCACACACGUACAUUUGUGAUUUCCAAUGUGUGUGUGUGUCUGUGCGCGCAUGUGUGUGAGUGUGCGUGUUUGUGUGUGUGCGUUGCGGUGAAUGUUUGCUGAUCCCAGCACAGCCAAGACUUUGCUUGUUAAUCUUUAAAGGCUUUAUAACUCUUAUGGCUUGUUGCCACAGCAACAUGUCAUAGCAGCUGUCAACCUAGGUGUGUGCGUGUGUCUGUGCGUGUAUAUAGAUGCGUUUGCGUUUGAGCUUUUAUGUCCUGUAAUUUCAAUCUGAUGGCCAUAUCUCACUUUGUGCAAUAACCCUGACCCAAAUCAACAGAACAACUCGAACUAACUUGGCCUCAGUGUUUUGGGCUUGGCCGCCAUGUUUUUCUUGCAGUUUGACGAGUCGUCAUUGAUCGCACCUCUCGCCAGUUAUUAAUGAUAAUCGUCACAAUAGAAAUAAGCAAAAUGGCUGGAGAUAAUCCACCGAGUGAGUAACGCGCGGUGGCCACCACCCGGGGGGGGGGGGGGCAUCCAAUCCGACCCUGGGAAAAUGUAAUUGGAGACGUGAAGUCCCACCACCGUCGACGAUUGUUUUCCAAGGUUGUUCCGAGCCGCCGGCUCCGUCAUGCCCGUCCUCAAGAACCUUCCGGUGCGCCUGAAGGGCGGCGGCCCCACUUUGGACAACGCCCUGUUCAUUCGCAGGAUGAGCCUCAACAUCAGCCCGCGCCACCGCAGCCCCUUCGACGACAGCGCCGCCGCCGACCGAUCCUGGUCGCCGGGCGGAUCCUUCCUGGACGGCGACGUUCCCGGUGACCGCAACCCGUUCGAGGACGAGGAGGACGAGAACGAGGCCAACGAGGGCAAGAAGGUCAAAGGGGGACGAGGCGGCUCGGGGAAAGGGUCCUUCAUCAAGUCGCCCCUGAAGAGUUUGGGGAAGCUGGGCAAGAAUUUGAGGUUGUCGGCCCGAGGGAAGGACGGCGCCGCCGGAUCGCCGUCGCCGCAGGGAACGCCGUCGCCGGCCGACAAGAAGAAGAGGGGUCGCAGGAGCUCGGAAGGAAGCCUGCUGAGGUUUGCGGGCAAAUACCGCGACACCCUGAGCUUCCGCAAAGAGUCUUUGGCCAACGGCGACACAAACUGUUCGGAGAGCGAGUGCGACACGUCCAGCCGCCGCCUGUCCUUCAUGAAGAUGGUCGGCCUGGGCAAGACCAAGCGAGAGUCCGGGGCCGACCCGUCCUCCCAGGCCGCAGAGGACCAGUCGGCGCGCAAGGAGCCCGAGGUGGAGGUCAAGCCCAGGGAGCCGCUGUCAGUGCUGGAGAUCCUCCAGCUGGUGAAGAAGCGCGACCUCCUCCUGGCCGACACGCACAUCCUGGAGCUGGAGCAGGAGUGCGGCGGGCCCGAGGGCGGCCCGGCCCCGGAGGACGCGGGCGGCGCCGUGAAGGACGGCGGGCGGCGGAAGGCCAAGGACGUGGAGCUGCUGUACGAGGAGCUGCAGAAGGAGCUGUGGGCGGUGGUCCGGGAGUCCCUGCGCUCGCCCACCGCCGGGCCCAACCUGGGCCUGGUGGUUCAGGUGCUGCAGCAGGAGGAGCUGGUAGACGCGGGCCGGCCGGCCGCGGGCGGUCCGAGACCGCGGCAGCUGAAGCGGCGCUGGAGGGAAGCGGUGGAGGACGCGGCCGACGGCUCGCUGCCUCAGAAGACCGAGUUCACGGCCGGGGAGCUGGCCGGCUACCUGGACAGCAUCCGGGCCCGCGUGGUCGACGACCUGGACGCCGCCAAGAGGAACGUGGUCGACAUUUACCCCGGGGAGUACCAGGCCCUGCAGGUGUACACGCGCAGUUACCACCAGGCGGUCGCUAGGCGACUGCAGGCCAUCACCGAGCAGCAGAUGCAGAUCACCGACAUUUACUCACUGCUCGACUGGCUGUACAACAUAUACAACAGGGAUGUUUUGGCCAAGGUGUGCGUGUCCGACCCUUUGAGAGGCUCUCAGCUGGGACCUCUGCUGCCUUCGGAGGUCGUGGACAGGCUGGGACAAGACUGCCUCAACUCUGUCAGGGCUAAAGUCACCACCGAGUUGAGUCAGGUGCUGGACGAGGAGGAGAGGAGGUGGAUGGAGACGCUGCACGUGGAGGAGUACCAAAUCCCUCUGGCAAAAAACAUCAUACAGAGGCUACAAAUUGAUCUGGAACGUUCCGCCUCCAUCAACAGAACUUUGGGCUCCAGAGUGGCUCAGUGCAGCCUCAAUGGCCUGGCGGACUUCCUCUACUGUUUCCAGCGUAAAGUUGAGAUGUUUCACGAGGGGAUGCAGAGCGGAAUGUUUGGCGAGCACGAAGACGGAUACGUGUCCAAAACAGUUGCGCUCGUCAACUGCUGCCCACCGUUCAGAGGUUUCGUGCAGCGUUGCAUUCCGUGCGAGACGAUGACGACGGCUAGCGACGAUUCGCUGCGGCGCGCCUACAGAGCGCUCGAUCACAUCGUCCAGCAGGGGGUGCGAGUGCUCUCCGAGCGCCUCUUCCUCCACAUCAGGCCAUUCUUCGAGCGCUUGGUGAAGAGAAAGUGGCUGAAUAACACGGAGGCGUACGAACAGAUUGAAGCGGCCAUCAAGGAGCACUUCAAGAAAUAUCACAGGAUGGACGACCCUCCCUACCAGCUGCUGGUGGCGGAGGUUCACCGGCGUGUCCUGAUGGAGUACCUUCGCUCUGUGAUGCGAGGGCGAAUCAUCUGCACGUCGCUCAAGAUGAGGAAGAGGAUGGCCGGACGGCUCCGAGACGAAGGACGGCAGAUCAAAGCCCUUUUCAAGGACCUGGAGUCUCCGUCGAGCUGGUUGGACGGAGCUCUGUCUCACAUCUCGGAGCUCAUCCAGCUGGAGGAUGUUCCCUCCAUCCAGAUGGAGGUCGGAGUUCUGGUGCAAGAGUUUCCAGACGUCAGGAAGAAGCAUGUGUCGGCCAUCCUGAACAUCCGCGGCAUGACGCGACAACGCGAGCGGCAGGAAAUCCUCAACAUCGUCAAGGACAUCGAGAGCGGCGACGGCGGCGCGGGAGCCGGGGGUGCCGGCGGCGGCGGCGGGGGUCUGGCCCGGGUGACCCGGGACCGCGCCCUCUUCUCCGAGGUGCCCGUGACUUCCGAGGUCCACUGCCUGAACGUGGGCCUGAGCCGCGUGGCCCUCGCCGCCUCCUCCUGCUACGUCGCGCUGUGCCCCCGCGGACGGAAGGCCCGGACGUCGACGCGCGACAACCCGGACGACGUCCUCUGAGGCGAAGAUUUCAAAGCAUUCUAUUGCUUUUCAUGCAUUUUCACCAGUUUUGAAGUCAAAUAACUCUUCAAGGCCUCCGCAAAUUCUCUUCACUCUGUUUCUAUGUAGGCCACCUCGAUGCUAAGCUAAGACAACCCCCGCCCCCCAAAAAAAGCAAAUGCACGUGGAUGGACAGAUGGAUGGAUGAUGAGAUGACAGAUGGUUGGAUGGACCACUCAAAGAAAGAAAAACGUGUUUUUGUAUGUGUGGAUGGAUGGGCCACAUCAAAAGAGAGCAAUAGAUUUAUGUAUGGAAGGAUGCAUGACAGAGAGAGGGAGAGAUGGAUAGAACACAAAAGAAAGAUUUGGAUGGAUGAAUAAUCAGGUGAUACUGUGUAUGGAUGUAUUGAUGAUGGAUGGAUGAGCACAUUAAAGAAAUCUAAGUAGAUGGAUGAUGGAUGGACCACAUAAAAAAAACGAGCAAUCGAUAAAUGGAUGGAUGGAUGAUGGCUGAAGGAAAAGAUAGAGAUGAUUGAUGGAUGAAUGAAAGAAACAUCAAAGAAAGAAAGUUAGCUAAUGCUACACUAAUAGCAAGGAGCAUUUUUAGCGAACUGAACUUCUGGCUACUUCCAAAUGUCUGAAGGAAGUUUUUUUUUUUUGGCGAGGGGCGAACUUUCGGAUGAAUUCAUCUUUUCUGACCAGCAUUCCUGAUUGUGCUCCUGCGGUGAUGAUCUGGGAGCAGGAUUCCAUCAGGAACAUUGGACACUCUUCUGUCUUUUUCUUCUCCCUUCUGUUGUUGCACAUGAUGGAAAACGCAUAGAAAUAUGAAUCACGGUACUAGAUGACGUCAUUCUGAUUGUAUUUCAGACAAAUGUUUGGGUGGUUAAUUAUGAUCACUGAUUGAGAUGUCGUGUUAAAAAAAGACCAAACAAUUCACUGACAUUCUAAUGAUUAACUUUUAUUGUACAUGCAGAUUUUCUUUUUAUGGAUUUGAAAGAUCAACAGCAGGAAAGAAGACUAACUCACAUGUAAGUUAUUAGUAGUAACUGGCACUGAUUCUUGUUUGUGGCUGUUGAUGAACAUUCCGUUAAAAAUUAGUUACUCAGUAGACAUCUGCCCACCAAAUAGGCACUUUUUCCAGGAUAAAACGCAGAUGAAAGUUUAUUGAUUGACUCGUCUUCUGUCAACUUUGUAUAUGUGGACGUAUGUAAAUUGAUUAGCGACAAUAAAAGUAGAUUCUGUCGA